AUGGCCCCUCACGCCUCCUCCUCCUCCUCCUCCUCCUCCAACGACACUCCCCCCUCCUCCAACGACACUCCCCCCUCCUCCUCCUCCUCCUCCACCACCACCAAACCAACCGACCCCUACCACGCCUCCUCCACCACAACAGCCAUCACAACAGAAAACACCUACGCAGCCCACAACUACUCCCCCCUCCCCAUCGUCUUCGCCCGCGCCUCGGGCUGCCACGUCUGGGACCCCGAAGGGCGCCACUACCUCGACUUCCUCUCCGCCUACAGCGCCGUCAACCAAGGUCACUGCCACCCCGCCCUCGUCAAAGCCCUCACCGACCAAGCCGCCCGCCUCACCCUCUCCUCCCGCGCCUUCCACAACGACGUCUUUCCCCAAUGGGCCAAGAAGGUCAGGGACGUGUUUGGGUACGAGAUGGUCCUGCCCAUGAACACGGGCGCCGAGGCGGUCGAGACGGCCAUCAAACUGGCAAGAAAAUGGGCGUACAAGGUCAAGGGGGUGGAGCAAGGGAAGGCGAGGGUGUGGAGUGUGGAUGGGAACUUUCACGGGAGGACGAUGGUGGCGGUGAGUCUGAGUGUUGAUCCGGAGAGUAGGGAUAAUCAUGGGCCGUAUGUACCGCUCAUUGGGGCGAGACACCCGAGCACGGGGAAGGCGAUUAGGUAUGGGAGUGUGGAGGAUGUGGAGGAGAUACUUGGGGAGUUUGGGAAGGAGACGGCGGCGUUUAUCAUUGAGCCCAUUCAGGGUGAGGCCGGGGUGGUGGUGCCGGAGGAUGGGUAUCUCAAAAGAGUUCAGGAGCUGUGCAGGGAGUAUAAUGUGCUUUUGAUUUGCGACGAGAUCCAGACGGGGAUUGCGAGGACUGGAAGGAUGCUGUGCAGCGAGUGGGAUGGGAUCAAGCCGGAUGUGGUGACGUUGGGGAAGGCGAUCAGCGGGGGGAUGUACCCUGUCAGUUGUGUUUUGAGCUCGAAGGAGAUUAUGGGGGUUAUUGAGCCUGGCACUCACGGGAGCACGUACGGUGGAAACCCGCUUGGGUGCGCGGUUAGUAUCAAGGCUUUGGAGCUGGUCGAAGAGGAAGGCUUGGUCGACAAGGCCCAGAAGCUGGGGGAGAUUUUCAGGAGCGAGAUCAGAGGGUUCAACAGCAAGAUUGUGGAGCUGGUGAGGGGGAGGGGGUUGUUGAACGCGGUGGUGAUUGAUGAGAGCGAGACGAAUGGGAGGACGGCGUGGGAUUUGUGCAUGUUGUUGAAGGAGAAGGGUGUUUUGGCCAAACCGACCCACGGCAACAUCAUUCGCUUCGCACCACCGCUGGUCAUCACCGAAGAUGAACUCAGAAGCGCCCUCAAGACCAUCAAGGAGGCGCUGGAGGAGUUGCCAAAUGCCACCAAGCACGAGGCGCACUGA